AUGGCUGAAAGUGAUCCAAAAUCUGUAGAGGAACAAGGUGAAAGCUGGUGGGGAUCAUGGAUUCAAGCUGCCAAGGAAACUUCUGCAUCUGCAUAUGAGAUGGUAAAGAGAGAUUUAGGAGAGUUCACAUGUACUGUCCAGUCAGAUACAGAACAUGCAUUCAAUGCUACAACCACCACUGUUAAAGAGACAAUCAAGGCAGAGAAUGCAUCAACAGCUAAGAAUCGGAUGAAAGAAGGAAUAAACACCUUGUUUCAAGGAAUAACGAAAGCUUUGACUAUACCACCAGAUGAUGAAGGGGAGAAACCCAUGCUGAUUGUUUCAUCAGAAUCAGCUAUUUAUGAUAGAUCUAAGGCUAGAUUACAUGCUAUACAAGUUGACCCAGGUACGUACCUCAAUGAGCCCAACGGAUCUCCAGAGCAUUUUAAAGAAUGGUGCCGACAUUUUGAUAUUGAGACUAAGAAGGGUGAUAUAUCGGAAUUGUUAGUGUCUAAAGUCGAAGUUCGAGCUCUUUAUACUAAAUUGGUACCAGCAGAAUUAGCUCAUGCAACAUUUUGGCAGAGAUAUUUCUAUAAACUACAUCAGAUGGCGCUAGACGAGGCACGAAAACAAGCCUUGAUUAAACGAGCAGAAACAUCUGGGAGGAGUAACUCUGUUAAUGAUGAUUGGGGCAGUGCAGAUGAAGAUGAUAUAGAAAUAGUAGAAUUGAAGGAUGUCCCUCCAAAAUCAGCUGUUAACACUCCAGUACCAGUUCCACUUGUUCCAACAGAUAAACAAGCAAAGGCACCUUCACCAAGAACAGAAGUCAAGUCGGACCCUAAAGAACAACUAAGUUCAAAGGAAUCUUCUGUAAAGAAAAAUUCAGAAAUAACAACAGAGAAGGCAGACCUUAAAGAACGACAAAGAUCCGUGGAACCUUUCAUAAAGAAAAGCCCAGAGACUUCUAAAACUGUAGAGAAAAGUACAGAGCUGAAGGAACAAACUGGCUCGUCAACAGAGAAGCCAUCUGCAGAUGAUAAGCCUAAAGUUGACUUCACCCCUACUACCAAUAUCCUUCUCGAAUCAUUGCCGUCAUCCGCAAAAGAAACAGAACUUUCACCGACUGAGCCCAAUUCUGAAAUUCAACCCGAAAGCCGGAAAAUUUCGUCAAAUGAAAAUCUGGAAAUAACUGUUUUACCAAAAACAGACAUUUCAAACAAUACAAAUAACAGUGCAAUUUCUGACCAUAUCUCCCCUGUUGAACUUUCUGAAACUGUGCCUCAGCCUUCAAACAGGGUUGUAGAGGCAGACAAACUUGAAUAUUCUGAGACGUUCCCUAGCGAAAAAGAUAUUGGAACCAAAAAAGACAAUAUUGAACCUAAACCUGUAAAACCUGAUGUUUUAGACGUUUCAGUGGACCAAUCAAAUAAGACAGAGAAAGAAAAUGACCAAUCAGAAUCUAGUGUCAGCAAAGUUGUAGAAAGUGAAAGUAAAGACAUUAAAAUGAAAGUAGAGGAAGUGCUACCUAGUGGUAGUGGUAAGAAGCAAGAGAAGGUAACUAGUGAUAUUAAAACUAAAGAUAAAGGUGAUAUGGUGAUAGUAGGAGGUGAUAGGGUUUCUCCAACCUCAGAUUCUAGUGGAAAUAAAGAUACAAGUACUGAAGAUGACUGGGAUAAAGAUUUUGAUUUAGAUGUUACAGAGGAGGAACUGAAGGCAGCAGAAGAACUGGCCAAGAAAAUGGGAGAUAACUUAGACUUAGAGGAUGAUGAUGAUGAUUGGGAAAACUGGGAAUAA